AAGCAAAAGCCUCCUCUAUCUUUCCUUCAAACCUUGCCUUUAUUUGUCUUCUCUUUUCCUUUCUUUGUUCUGGUAUUCUCUUAGUGUGUGAUUCUUCACCUCAUUUUCUUUCUUAAAGACCCAUCAAACUUUAUUAAAGAAGAAGAUCAAAAACCAUGGUGUUCUCUUCAGUUCCAGUCUAUUUAGAUCCUCCCAGCUGGCAGCAGCAGCAGCAGCAACCAAGCCAGCAACUAGGAGCAUGCGAUGAAAGUCCACAGCUUCCGCCUCUUCCUCCGCCACCUCAUGUUGGUGGUAGUGGCACUGCAGGCUCAAUUAGACCUGGUUCGAUGUCUGAUCGAGCUCGGUUGGCCAAGAUACCUCAGCCAGAGGCAGCUCUAAAGUGCCCAAGGUGUGAAUCUACAAACACCAAAUUUUGUUACUUCAAUAACUAUAGCCUCUCUCAGCCCCGCCACUUUUGCAAAACCUGUCGGCGAUACUGGACUAGAGGUGGUGCCCUUAGAAGUGUUCCUGUGGGAGGUGGAUGCCGUAGAAACAAGAAAACCAAAAGCCAAAGUAGCUCCAAGUCCCCAGUUUCCAGUGAAAGGCAAAUGGGUUCAACUUCCAGUACUUCCUCAAGUGCACUUCCAUCGCAGAUUAUUGGUCAUUUUCCUCAGCAACAAACUCAAUUUCCCUUCGUGACCUCUUUACAUAAUCUGACUCAAUUUGGUGUGGGAAACAUUGGAUUGAACUUUGGUGGAAUUCAGGGACAAAUGGGAUCAACAAGUGGUGCUAGUGGACAGGCUGGCAUGGAAUUUCAAAUGGGAAGCGGUUCAGGAAUGAGUAGCAGUUCCAUUUUUUCAGCUGGAGGAGUGCAACAAUUUCCUUUCUUUGAGUCUCCACCCGCAGGUUUAUAUCCGUUUCAAAGUGAAGGCGCUGAAGCACCGACUGGCAUUCCUGGGGAAAGCAGCCAGCUUCGAUCCAUGGCUUCGAGCUCUAGGGUUUCUCAGUUAGCUCCAGUGAAGUCAGAAGGAAACCAAGGGUUAAAUUUAUCGAAGCCAUAUUUGGGUAUCCCAGAAAAUAAUCAGUACUACUGGGGUGGAAAUACCUGGACAGAUUUAUCCGGUCUCAACUCUUCUUCCACCAGCCAUUUCUUAUGAUAGAUCAUAUUGAUCUCUUGAUUAUCAGCACCAUGAAGCUUAUUACUAAAGCAUUAGUUAGUAAUUGACACAAAGUUGCAUGCAUCUUCUAGUACUGAAGUACUACCAUGACUUGCAAGUUCCAACCCGAUUGAGAACCGGGAAAUAUUGGAACAAUUUGUUUGAAGUUUUUUUUUUUUGUGUGUGUGUUUGGAUAAUGGUUUUGGUCUGUAUUGUAUGUAUGGAUUGUUUACAAGUUAUUAUCACAGUUGACUUAUUUUGCAUA